GCGCCUUCCCUUGACAGCCCGACGAGGCGGAGGGAAGUGGGUCUGUCGGUCGGUUGAGAACGAGGCUCGGACUGCCGGGCCAGCGCGGAGCCGUUGCCAUGGCAGCCGCCGCCGGGGGCGCGGGCGACGAGCCGCGCUCGGGCCGCUCGAGCUCGGAUGGCGAGUGCGCGGUGGCGCCGGAGCCGCUGGCGGAAGCCGACGGCCUCUUCUCCUUCGCGGACUUGGGGUCCGCCCUGGUCGGCGGCGCAGGCCUUCCGGGCAGGGCGUCCGGGGGCUCCGAGUCCCCGCUGCGCUUCCUCCACGUCCUGUGGCAGCAGGACGCCGAGCCGCGGGACGAGCUGCGCUGCAAGAUCCCGGCCGGCCGGCUCCGGCGCGCCACCAGGCCGCACCGGCGGCUCGGGCCCACGGGCAAGGAGGUGCACGCCCUAAAAAGACUGAGGGAUUCAGCCAAUGCCAAUGAUGUGGAAACAGUGCAGCAGCUGCUGGACGAUGGCACGGAUCCUUGCGCAGCUGACGACAAGGGCCGGACUGCCCUCCACUUCGCCUCCUGCAAUGGCAAUGACCAGAUCGUGCAGCUGCUUCUGGACCACGGGGCUGACCCCAACCAGCGGGACGGCCUGGGCAACACACCUCUGCACCUGGCGGCCUGCACCAACCACGUCCCUGUCAUCACUACGCUGCUUCGAGGAGGGGCCCGUGUAGAUGCCCUGGACAGAGCUGGCCGCACACCCCUGCACCUGGCCAAGUCGAAGCUGAACAUCCUGCAGGAGGGCCAUUCUCAGUGUCUGGAGGCCGUGCGGCUGGAGGUGAAGCAGAUCAUCCACAUGCUGCGGGAGUAUCUGGAGCGCCUGGGGCAGCAUGAGCAGCGGGACCGGCUGGAUGACCUCUGCACCCGGCUCCAGAUGACCAGCACCAAAGAGCAGGUGGAUGAGGUGACUGACCUCCUGGCCAGCUUCACCUCCCUGAGUUUACAGAUGCAGAACAUGGAGAAGAGGUAGCAAGAGCGCCCCCUGCCGGCCGCUCUGCCGCGGCCCCGCCCCUCCGCUCGCCUCUACCAAGAAAAGCCCGGGGGACUUUGGAACUGUGCUGUUCCUCCUCAGACGCUCUCCACCUGAGCGGCUCUCAGCCCGUCUCCGUCAUCUCCGUAGACCCAGGCCCGCCUGCGCUGCACCGGGCACCCUGCAACCACACUUCAGCUCUGGCUCACGUGAGCCGCUGUCCCCAGGCCUCUGGCCCCCUCAGCAGGCCUCCAUGCUCCUUCCCAGCUAGGGGCUGGCUUCCAGCCGGUUCCCUCGGGCCACCCCAAGCCUUUUGUGGUGGGCCGGCCCUGGCCCUCUCUCCAGCACUGAGGUUUAGCCCAUUGCCGGACUUUUGAGGAGACUCUGCAUCAGAAGGGGGGGAGGGUGUGGUGCGGAAGCACCCUGCUGACUCCAAAAGAGAAUCUUCCCCAGCCCUUUCCCUGGCAGUCAUGGAAACGGCAAGAGGGGUUCAUUUUGCAGCUUAGUUGUCAUAAGCUGAUUGUGGCCCCAGGAUGCCCCUAUCAGGUGGCACCCUGACCAUCCAGGGUCCUGUAGGCUGCGUGGCUAUGACUAAGUCUACACACACACACACACACACACACACACGCACGCACGACGCGCAGAUGGUUCAGAAUUACCUAGGGGCUGGAUGCGGUCGCAGAGGUCUGUAGUCGAGGGAAACAGUAGCUGGGCUAAUGGGAGCAGCAAGUUGGGAGGGGCCAGGCAAACGCUACCAUCCCGGCUACUGAGGAGGCUGAGAUCUGAGGGCCACAGUCCAGAAAUGCCUCGGAGACUCUCAUUACCAAUUAACCAGCAAAAAAAACUGGAAGUGAAGGUAUGGCUCAAGUGGUUGAGUGCCAGCCUUGAGUGAAAAGGCCAAGUGAGAACUUGAGGCUCUGAGUUCACAUCCCACUAACCAGCACAAACAUUCAAGGGAAAUGGCUGGUGGCUCAGAGCGAUCACAACAGGCUAGUGAAGCCCGAGGCCCUGAGGUCAAACCCCCCCCCAAGUACCAUAAGUCCAGACAAGCCAAAGAAUGUGGGCUGCCUUCAGAAGCUAGAAGAGGCAAGGAAAUGGAUUCUCUCCUUGGGACUUUCAGAAGGAAACUAGCUUUGCUGACAACUGGACUUUAGCUCAGAGACCGAUUUUAGAUUAUAGCCUCCAGAAACCCAUGAGAAUACGUCUGUGUUGUUUGUUGCCGUAGCAACAGGAAACCAAUAAAGUAGAUGCUCACAUUCA